AUGGCCGCCAACUAUUGGGCGUCUACUCAACGCCGACAUUGGCUCUUCACUCGUGAGAAGCUGGCUGAAACUCGAGACCGUUUACGAGACCGAGAUAAGGUCACGCAUUCACAGUUCCCACUUCCAGACCAGCGCCUAUUAAACAUUUACUUCAACCAACAACUCAUCAAGUUAGGUAAACGCAUGUCCACUCGCCAACAGGCAAUUGCAACCGCCCAGGUAUACCUCAAGAGGUUCUAUACCAAAAAUGAAAUUCGCCAGACCAACCCCUAUUUAGUCCUCACCACCGCCUUCUAUUUGGCCUGUAAGAUGGAAGAGUGUCCCCAACACAUCCGCUUUGUCGUCGGAGAAGCGCGCGGACUCUGGCCAGAAUUCAUCACUCCAGAUGUGGCGAAGCUCGGUGAAUGCGAAUUCGCUCUCAUGUCCGAGAUGAACUCCCAGCUCAUCAUCCAUCACCCCUAUCGGACAUUAUCAGAACUUCAAACAGAGUUAUCUCUUGGCUCGGGCGAGAUAGCUCUAGCUUGGUCCGUGAUCAACGACCAUUAUCUCACCGACCUUCCUCUACUGAAUCCGCCGCAUAUCAUUGCGGUCAUGGCGAUCGUCGUCGCAGUGGUUUUCAAGCCGUCUCAUCCAGGAGGAGCGUUCUCCAGCCCUGCCCAGUCUGCCCAGUCCACCAUGGCUGGUGUGGCUAGGGAUGGAAAUGGCAUGAACAUGCUUGCUGCUCUUGCAGAUAGGACUGGAACUGGACCUCCUCGGAUUCAGAAGCUGGUGCAGUGGUUAGCGGAGAGUGAAAUUGAUAUCAAGGCUGUCAUCGAGUCAACUCAGGAGCUGCUCUCGUUAUAUGAGGUAUGGGAGCAGUACAGUGAAAAACACUGCAAAGAGUUCAUCGGACGAAUGGUGAAGAGCAAGAACCUGGACAAAUGA